AUUUUUGAUGAAAAAUCUUUGGUAGAAUAGUGUUUCUAACUUAAUAGGGAAUUUAUUCUUUAGAUUGUAUUGUUCAUGGUCUAAAUUUGAGGAAAAAUACAUAUUCCACAAGAUCAUCAUGCAUACAAUUGUCGUCGUCUUGGUGAUGAUAUCCUUAGCAAAUUCACAAAAUAGUGAUUAUUUAACGGGACAGCAAGACCAACAGCAGGAACUACCAACUCAUCACAUACUUGCUGAUCCUGCAAUCACUGAAAACUAUGAUGAAUCUUAUAAAUCAACAUUUGGAGAACUGAACUUGGGUCGAGAUUUCUUUGAAGGAGAUAUUCUUCUGACGCGAGAGCAGAGUGAUUACAUCUUACAGAGUCAAAAGAACGACGGUCUUCAAAAGAGAGCGUUAAUGAAAGACGUCAAAAGCCUGUGGCCGAAUGGCGAAGUGCCUUACGUUAUAAACGAUSAACUGAGUGACGAAUCAAAGGAUUAUGUUCGCUCUGCAAUCGAAGAAUGGGAGGAGAAGACUUGCGUAAAAUUAAGACCAAAAAAAGAAUCGGAUGACGAUUACGUUGAAUUUAUCUAUGAUGGCGGAUGUUCAUCAUACGUUGGUAAAAUUGGAAAUAGGCAGACGAUCUCAGUAGGUUCUGAGGAUGGAUCAGUAACGUGCAAACACGGUAACAUUGUACACGAGUUGGCUCACUCAUUAGGAUUUUUUCACGAGCACAGCAGGCCAGAUAGAGACAAUCAUAUUUCCGUAAAAUACGACAAUAUAAUGCCAGGUUACGAGAGAAACUUCCGUAAAGAGUCAAACGACACCAUCGACUCACUUGGCCAGCCGUAUGACUACGACUCCGUAAUGCAUUACGGUGCCUUUUUCUUUGGCAAAGAAAGAGGAAUGAAGACAAUUGCAACCAAAAAGAAAGCAAGCAUUGGUCAAAGAGUUGGUCUUAGUGAUAUGGAUCUAAAACAAGCAAAACUCCUAUAUAAAUGUGCAGAAAAAGAGAAAGGGGAUAAAAAGAGUCAAACGCCAAACAAAUCGGCACAUCUCAAGAAAGCAUUCAACAAUUUCAUGAAAAAAUCGUCGAAAACAACCAUGGACAAGAAAUCAAAGAAAGCUAUUGCUAAAGAUCAAAUUAACAAUGGACAAUAUCAGACAGCAAAUCAAGCAACUCAGCCUGCAAAUAGCAACUCCGUGGAGUUUACUGCUGUUCCUGUAAAUGUUCCUCAAACACCGCAACAGUCUAAUCCGAUCAAUCAAGAAACAGCUGCAGAAUCGCCCACGGCCAAUCAGAWUGCAGCAUCCACCACUCAAAAUGUUGGUGCUACUGUCUCAGCCAAUCAAGCUCCUGUUGUCACUUUGCCCAAUCAAAAUGGAGCCAUUACUAACCAGGAAGGAGURAAAAUGACCACWGACAAGUCGGGAACUACAAGCUUUAUACUAACUGAUGAUGAUCUAGGUGAGGAAAAUCUUGGAAAAAGUUACUUUGAGGGUGACAUGAUCCUGUCAGAAGACCAGAAACAUUUCCUUGAGAGCUUGAAGUUUGAUGAUGGCCGAGCAGAUAAGAGAGCACUUAUUAAGAAUACAACAUAUCUAUGGCCAGAACGUACGGUGUAUUAUACCUUCGAUGAUAGUGUUGACGAGAUUGGACGWGAAAAUGCCGAAGCUGCCGUCCAACACUGGCAAGAGAAAACUUGCUUGAAUUUCCAGCACCGAACGAAUGAAAAAGACUACAUAAACUUCGUCUUUGAAGGAGGAUGUGCAUCGCGAGUAGGACGUGGAGGAGGUAUGCAAAAACUUACGAUUGGAUCAACAGAACUGCGUUGUAAGAAGGGAAACAUCAUUCACGAGAUGGGUCACGCCGUGGGCUUCUUCCACGAGCACAGCCGACCUGACAGAGACGAAUUUGUUAAGGUUCAUUCUAAAAAUAUCAUGCCAGGUUAUGAGAGAAAUUUCCUUAAGUUUUCCACUAAAUUCAUUGAUUCACUAAAUGUACCUUACGAUUACGGAUCCAUCAUGCACUACGGAAAAACAUUUUUCUCCAAACUUGCUCAGCUGCUGCCGACGAUGACGAUCCUCAAAGAAUCUGAUGCAUCAGGAAAGGAAAUCGAGAUAGGACAGAGAAUUUCUCUUAGUGACAUGGACGUUCUWCAGGCUAAYCUUUUAUACAAAUGUGAUGGUCGCAAACGACUUUCUGAUGAUGAACGCGAAGAGCUCGAGGCUGACUACUCUGAUCCUAUGACACGUGAAGGUCCAUGCGGUGAUGCUUAUGACGURAAGUCGUGCGAAACCGUUAAAGCUAAGGGAUACUGUCAGAGAUUCCCACGUACAUUGAGGCGCGCCUGCGGUAAUACCUGCCAGCUUUGUGGCACAGUCCCACCAGUCAAUGCAGUGCAUGUUGGUAAAAAGAGUAGCCUUCUCACUAAACUAAAGCUUGACCACCACCACAAACAGAAAAACUAACAGUUUUUAGGCUUGGUCCUUCUCCAGUCACCGCUAAUAAUACCUUGGAACAAUCCAACUGACGUAAAGUGUUUCRCCUGAAUUCUUCUUAGAUUGGUUAAUGCUCAUGCAUGCUGUGUUCCAGUCUCUCUCCAAUAUCAACCCUGAUCUCAGGACGCUGGCUGUGACGAAUGGUUUGGCCGAUGAGAGCUCUCGGCUGCCAGUCUGUCUGUCAUAAUAUUAGCACAGGGAUACCAUACUUGGAGUAGCUUGGAUGCGGUGGCUAAUGCUUCUGCUGGCAGAGUUUAAUUUUUAUAUAUAUACAUGAUAUAUCAAGUUGUUUUCUAUCAAUUUCUAGGUCAUGUCGUAAAUAUCAAAUUUGUGGGAGUCUUAAGACCCAGUGAUUUUGAAGAGGUUCUGUUCGCAGGAUAUGAUUUUGUUUAUUGUCCGAUAGAUAAAUAAAGUGCGCUUAAACAGUUUUGCAAUGAA